AUGAAUACAAAUGCAUCUGUUUUUUAUGGUUUUGUUGGAUUAACCAUAGCAUGUAUUAUUCCAUGGUACAAUGAACGUAGAAAAUUUAUGGAUGAAAAAAAUAAGAAAAUUGAAGAAUCAGCUGAAAAUGUUAAACAAAGACAAUUGAAACAACAACAACAACAACAACAAAAUAAUAAUAACACUAAUGACACUAUUGAUACAUAUAAACCAUAUGAUGAAACAAACACAAAAAGAACUAUACCCAAUAACCCGAAGAAUUAA